GAAAAGAUUAAAUCGGUAAAUUACAGAAUUGACUAUGAAGUCGAUUAUGUAAUUUUGUGUUCCGGAUAUGAGGAUGAAGUGGUGACUGAUGACGAGACAAGUGGCAAUGUUUACGUGAUUGUUAUAUGGAACGCAUAAUGCCAUGAAGCUACUUUUUAUAUUAUGAUACUAGACGAAUUUUUGAUUAGUUUUAAUCAGGUUAUAAACUUUUAUUCAAAAUGAUUGAAUCAUGUUCAAGAAAGCAGAUGAUUAUUGCGAUUUUAUGUCUCAUCGGGCUUUCAGUCAUCGUGCUUGUGGUUGAAAACAUUCUGGCUCCUUAUUCUGACAAUCACCGUCAUAACUCCUCCCGUCAAGAACCGGUGAAUAUGUCUCUUGCAGAAAACUGCUGGAGUCGAGAGGAAUUCAAACUUUUGGAAGAGUGUCAGCCUUGUACAGAUUUGGAACUUAAAAGUAGAAGUCCAGUAGCUUGUGGGACAGCUCACUAUAGGCAAAAAAUUGAGUGCAACACCACUGGAGUUGUAUUUAGAACAUGCGAUCGAGUUGUGUGGCUUGAAGAACGGCAUUUCUUGGUAUUCGAACUGAGCUGCUUGGCGGUUGCAAUUGCUGGGUACACCUAUACAACUCACAGACAUUCUUAUCUACAAGACAAAGUGCUUGCUAGAAUUUCCCAACAACUUGCGGCUGGAGUAUGAAAUGAAUUAUGGACAUCGAUGUAAAGGGAUUUUUUUGUCCUACUCUAUUUUACUUAAUUGUUGUAUCUGUAGAGCUGCAGCUCUAGCAUUUGCAAGCUAGGUCAUUUCAAACGAUUUCAAUCCUUCGACUUUUUUUCUGAAAUACUGAAAAUUUAAGUUAUUAGCAGUCAUUUUCACAGAGAAGCGUACUAUUAGAUAACAAGGUUGUACAUUUUGGGCCAGUCUAAUAGAAUUGUCGCAUUAUCAAUGCUCAGCUUGACUUGUUACCAUGACAGAAGUUUUUUGUUUAACAAAAGAAGGCAAAAAUAUAAUGUCUCUGACUGCGUUGCAACACAUUUGAUGAGACGAAGCUACAAAAAACUGAACUUGCAUUUCUACUCUAACAAAGUGACUUUCAUUCUAUGUGGUGAUUAUUAUUAUCAAAUUGUCAAGUAUUCUCAUGAUGCCAAGACAAUUUAUUUCCAGUUACUUACAGUGUUGUAAAUGGCGAAAUUUAAGAAAAAAUUCCAUUCCUAAAAUAAUAGCCCAUGCGAUCCAUGCAAAUAAUUCAUCAGGUGUCAGUACAAUAGUAAUGCUUAAUAUAUUGCAGUUAUUAAUCCAUGAAAAUUUUUGUUUUUAGGUAUUUAUUUCAUUCAAAGUUCAUGAGAUGGUACAGAAUUUUCAGCAAGCCAAAUUUGAUGUAUGGCUCCAAUCUUGGGAAUAUCUCACUUUAAUAUUCAGUCGUCACGUUUUAUCUGCACAGGGAGAAAAAGAUCAAUCAUCAAUGUCAAUAUGUUAACGUAUUUUGUUCCGUUGUUUGUAUGCGUUAAAAUUUUUAGACUAGAAGUUGAAGUUUUGUAAUCUCACUUUUACUCCAAGCUAGUUGACUUGAUAAUUUAUCCAGAGUUCCAGAAAAUGAAUAAAUCUUGGACCACUUGUGUCUAGCAUCAAAAAAGUGUUAAAUUAGUUUUUACUGAUAACUUGUAAAACUUUGUUUGGGCGGACGACGGAUAAAAUAUUUCAGAGUAAAAAUAUACGAAACUGUGAUAGAAUAAAAUGAAUUUCUUAGG